GAAACUUCAUCACCACCGGCUGGCGGGUAGACAGCAAGAGCUGUGACUGGGACUUCCGCAGCAACAGCAGCCACCACAACGGCAAGUUCUUCUCACCAGGCUACCCACAAAACUACAAGCCCAGCUCUUCGUGUAGGUACCGCUUCUUCGCGAGGCCAGGGGAGCGAGUUCGAGUCUUGUUUACAAAUAUACAACUUCACCACAUAGAUGCCAGUUGUCGAGAUAGUCCUGACGUCAUAACAGUCUAUGACGGCAUAGAUAACACGUCGGCUGUGAUUGGUCAAUUCUGCGGCAUUCAUAACGCAGAAGAGGUCAUAUCCACCGGAACUAACCUUUAUGUGGCCUUCACCUGUGAUGACAGAAACGAAAAGCAAGAGUUUCAAUGCAAUCAGAAAAUAGAGAGCCCUAAUCAUCAUAAUGGCACAAUUUCCAGUCCUUUUCAUCCAGAGGCAUAUCCUGCAGACAUAUCGUGUAGAUACGAGUUCAUCGGCGUUGGGCGCGAAAGAAUUCAACUGAGAUUUUUGCACCUGGAUUUGUACUAUGCUAAUGGCGACCCAAUGGAGCCUUUAGACUGUACAGGUUCUGACUCCGUGUCCGUCUACAUCUUCAUCAACGGAAGGAUGGAGGAACUGAAGACCUGGUGUGGACGCAAGUUGCCGCCCAUGCUGAUGUCCAACCAGCACAAGAUGACAGUGGAGUUCCGCAGCUAUCAUUCAUCUUCCACUGUUACAGGGUUCAAGGCGCAGUAUAGUUUUGUUACAA